CGCGGGACAAGGAAACGAUGUUGUUUAACUGAGAACGACGCCGAGGGGUGAGAGUUUGACGGCGAGUUAACAAUGAGGGCUGGUUUAAUUAAUUAGUAUUUUAUGAUUAUUUUAGACGGUGUCGUUUAAUGAAAAGCGAUGUCGCGGAAAAGUAAAACGACAUCGUGGUAGUGGUAAGAGUUCGGCCAAAGGCAGCCCGCCAAGCCCAACGAUGGUGCAAGAGUAGAGAACGACGUUGUUUGAUGGACUAACAAUGUCGUUGGUUAAACCGGGUCGGGGCAGUUGAGUUGGAUUAUAAAACGGCAUCGGUUGGUUAAAGGCGAUGCCGUGGUGUUGGUGAAACGACAUCAUUACAUGGACAAGGUUGUAGGUCGUUUCGCCGAGUUUCUGCAAAGCAAGAGCGGUUUCGAGGGCACGUGAUUAUCACGCAACAAGGAGGAAAUUACCUGCACGGUUGAAGGAGUGAAGACGUGGGAGACAAAGGCGCGAAGGCAGUUACUACAACGAGGAGAAGCGCGAAGUAUAAAGAUUGGGAAGAGAGAGAAGCGAGUGACGGCAAAAUCAAAUCUCAAACUGCACCGUCGCAGAAUCUAUCUUUUUCUUCCUAGUUUGUAGAACUUCUCUGUCAAAGACCUCCUUUGCAGAGUCGUAGUAGUCGUAGAUCGUAGUCGUAGUUGCGGAGCUCUCCAGAGGAACCUGCAUAGGAGUAGAGGUAACGUAACUUAGAACACUCCUGGUUCGAUUUUCUGGUUAUUCGCCGAACACCCUCGUUCGAAUGUAGUUUGGAGAGGUGGUGAACCGAAUAACGGUUGUUUGAUUAGAAGUUAAAGGUGCAUCGAUCAAAUCAACAUCGCCUACGCCGGCGGUGGAUAUUUGACGGUCGUCUUUGUUUCUGUUCGAUCGAUCAAAUCAACGACGCCGACAUUCGGCGGCGGAUAUUUGACGGUUGUGAUUGACUUUGUGUUUUGUUGAAAACAGUGCGCAUUGAAAACGCGAGUUUCGCCAACGAAACAAAUUGCCAACAGUGGCGCAAACUGCCGACUAGGGUGAAAUAACGCGCAUGCUUCGUCAAGUCAUGGCUGAUAACCAACAGGUAAAACUUCACUUAGCCUCUUUGGAUGGACGUCUUGAUGGUCUUAGCUCUCGGAUUGAUAGACGUGUUAGCCAAUUGGUUGAAGUUGUGGAUAAAAACAGAAUGGAUUUUGAAAGUAACCGACGUGAUUUUAAUGAUUUUAGAGAGUUUUUGAAUAGGCCAGUGCCGCAAACAAGGUCUUUGCCGUUAAGUGGCGAGAAUCCGUUACACAACGACACUGGCACCAAUAGCUUUCCGGUCAAUGGCGGCCGAGAUACUCAGCCGAGACAGGGCGUUUCGCCGACACCGGUGUUGAACCCAACAAGUCCGUCGAGAGUAAAUCUUGGCGAGACCAGCAUUGCGGCCAACACUCGUGUUGAGCCGCCACCAGUGCACAAUGUGAGUCCACAAAAUAUCCUGGAGGCCAGAACCUACGUGGCUCUGAUGAGAGGUACUGUUGGUGGAGGAACGAUCAACAAUGAUCAUGUCCAGCCACGCGGCUACCCGCAAAACGUGCCUCCUCCUCCAAACGGGCUUGGCAUGGAUCCUGGUGGAUUCGUACCACAAGGGGGGAAACUCGGGGGGCAAGACGUUAAUGCGAUUCGAGAUCAAGUAGCACAGAUGCUGGCGGAUCAGUUUGGUUUAGGGAUUAGACCAGCGAUGCCGCCGGUGUAUCGAAAACCAUAUCCAGAUUGGGUUGAUAGAUAUUACCCCUUUCCACGUGGUUUUCGCGUGCCUGAUUUCAUCACCUUCAGCGGGACUGGAGAUUAGUCCACAGUCGAGCACGUUGGACGAUUCACGAUUCAAUGUGGUGAUGUGAGUGAUUUCUUGAAGUUGCGUUUGUUUGGCAACUCAUUGACCGGUCCGCAUUCGCGUGGUACGUCAACUUGCCAUCGAACUCGGUUCAAACUUGGCAGCAAAUGGAACAAAUGUUCCAUGCCUAGUUCUACCGUUCUGAGCCAGAAGUAACAAUGGCAGACUUGGCACGAAUGCGCCAACAGCCAGGAGAAACAGUGGAGCACUUUUUAACAAACUUUAAAAAUGCAA